AUGGAUGUGGUUUAAAUGAAGAAAACAUCAAUUCAAAAAGACUUGAUGAUUGUAAAUUAGGAUUAGCAUAAUAAAAAUAUAUUAAAUUAUUAGGAGCUAAUGAUAAAUAAAUUGAAAUCAUUUGCUCUUAAUCUCUAUAUUAAAUUAGAAUUUUAUUUGAAUUAAAAAUAUUUUAUUUUAGAUACAGCAGAUAUUAUGGGAGAUGAUAUUCAGUUUUUAAUUUUUAGUUAGUAUUUACUUCUUGAAUUUCAAAAUAUAUAUUAUAUGCCACUAAUAGUAAAAUUAAAAUAUUCCAUCAUCAUAUCUCUAAAAAUUAUGUCAUCAUUUAAUAAUUACUCUGAAAAUUAUUUGAAUUAUCUUCUUCAUAAACAUCUUUAUAAUCUAUUAGCGGUAAAUAUGAAGAAAAUAUAGAAGAAAUAGGGAUUGCAGCAGAAAAAUAAUAAUUAUCUUAAUUUUUUGAAGAUUAUUUAGAAUAAACAAAUAUAAAAAUUUAAUUAAUACAAGAAAUUGUGA